AUGAACGAGCACAACGACCCAGCAACAACUCUGCUCGCACUAAACGAACAGUCUGAACAGCCCAAAAAUUACUCUGCCCUAUCGAGGUCUAGCGGUAUUCCAAGCUCUACGCUACGUGAUCGUGACCAUGGUAGGAUUUCCAAAAAGGAGCGGCUGUGGAACAGCAAUACCUUACUCCCGCAGGAAGAAAAGUCGUUGCUGGAAUACGUGCUACGGUUAUCGAAGAAUGGUUACCCCCUCCCGGUCAAAUUCUUACGUGCUCUGGCCCGGGAGAUCGCCCGCCGACGCUCAUCACAUAUGCCAAUCCCGGUCGCCAAUGAAGACACUCGCCCACCAGGGAAGAACUGGCCACAAGCAUUUUACAAACGUCACCCGGAGCUGACAUCGAGGACACUAAAAGCAAUAGACUGGAAGAGACAUGAUCACAACAUCUACGACAAGGUGCAGGAUUGGCGUCCUCCUGAGCGUUUGGGUGCUCUCAAGGUGUUAGUAGGGCGGGAGGAGAUGUGUAAAUAUCGUGGUGCUGCUGUAAAACGGAAAAUGGUUACUGCCGUUGAGUGCCUAUCAGCAGAUGAUGCAAAAGAAGCUCGUGGGUGGGACGAAGAUUCUAAGCUUCUCGUCAACCGUCUUGCCCACGCUGCGGAGAAGGCAUUUGCGGACCGUGCACUUCUUCGUAAUGACAACGACCGGCUGUUGGUACAGAACAAUGAAAAACGAACUCGAACAUCAAAGCCAGCACGCAAGGUGGGCAAUGCUAAAGUCAUGAGCUAUGAGGAUAUAAUCGAGGCCCAGCGCAACCUUGAAGCAAAAAAGGCCUCGCAGGGUGGAAAGCGCAAGAAAACUUCCAGCAGUGGGCGUCGAGCGAAACGAUCUUGCAGUGACGAUGUACGAAGGGCUGAGGAUGAAAUACAAACCUGGGGCUUUAAAGAUUACUGCUCGGUUAUUAGCUUUUGA